GAGAAAGAGAGAGAGAGAGAGAGUGUGUGUGUGUGCUAUGUGGGAGCACAGCUAGCAGUUCUUGACCUUCUCUCAGCCCAGGACUGGCUUCCAUUUUUCCCCUUCUCUUCACCUCUUCCCGUUAGGUCUUUUAUUCUUGUCGUCAUUCUAGUCCCCGGCGGAUCCUAGAUCGACUUUCCUUUUUUAGUCUUCUUUUCUUGGUCCUCCCCUCUCCCAGUCUUGGGCUUGCUUUUCUUAGUCAAUUUUCCUGCGGAUCGUCAUCUUCGUCCCUCUGCAGUCUGGUCUGGGCGUCGUUCCACUACAUCUCGCACCUGUUUUCCUUCUUAAUAAGGAGCUGCUGCCGGCCCUCUCUCCCGGCUCGAGACUGAGAGACCAACAGGCACGACUGCGUCCUGGAAUCCGGACCGAGUAGCGCACCCUUGACACCAUCCAGCCACACGGUCUCACCUGCCUCGUGCAGUAGAAGCCGACAACAUGGCGCCCACCCUCGACCCGAGCGAGUUGAACAUUGUUGUAGCCAUCCUUGGUGCUUAUAUCACCAUCUUUGGCUUGUUCUCGGUUCUCAUCAAGGGAAGAUGGUUUCUGGGAGAGGCUCUCCCGGCCAUGACCAUCGGCAUCGUGCUGGGCCCCAUCGCCGGCCGCCUGCUGGAUAACACGCGGUGGGGGCCCGGGUCCCUCACCGAGGACCAGAAGAGCGCCAUCACGCUCGGCUUCAUGCGCGUCAUGAUCUCGGUGCAGCUGAUCAUCGCGGGCUACCAGCUGCCGGCAAAGUACGCCGUCAAGAAGUGGCGCGACAUGCUGGUGCUGCUGCUGCCCACCAUGACGCUCAUGUGGCUCUGCACCACGGCCUGCCUGCUCGCCACCAUCCCCAAGAUCACCCUCCUGGCCGGCCUCGCCAUCGGCGCCUGCGUCACCAUGACCGACCCCGUGCUGAGUCAGGCCAUCGCCAAGGGCCCCUUUGCCGACAAGUACGUGCCGCGCGCCCUGCGCGAGGUCAUCAGCGCCGAGGCCGGCGCCAACGACGGCUUCGGCUUCCCCUUCCUGAUGCUGGCCACCCACCUGAUGCGCCACACCGAACUCCCGGGCGUCGUGCUGAAGCCGUCCAAGGAGAAGGUCAAGGAGGCCGCUGCCGAGGUGGCGCACCGCCUCCUCAAGCGUGCGGGCGACAUCGGCCGCCUCGACGGCGGCUUCGGCGCCGCCAUGCGCGACUGGGUCGUCGACACGUGGCUGUACACCAUCUUCAUGUCGCUGCCCUACGGCGUCCUGGUCGGGUACGGCGGCAGCUGCGGCAUCAAGUUCUGCCUGCGCCGCAAGUGGAUCGACCACGAGAGCUACCUGCUCUUCCCCGUGGCGCUGGCGCUGUUCAUCAUCGGCACCGCGGGCGCGCUGGGCACAAACGACCUGCUGGCCUGCUUCUGCGCCGGCCUCGCCCUCAACUGGGACGGCGAGUACCUGGCCGAGACGCUCGAGCGCCACGACGAGGUCAACUCGAGCAUCGACGUGCUCCUCAACUUUACCGGCUUCAUGUACGUCGGCGUCAUCAUGCCGUGGUCCACCUUCCACGACCCCGAGGGCACCGGCAUCACCAUCGGCCGCCUCAUCGGCCUCGGCUUCCUGGUCCUGCUCUUCCGCCGCAUCCCCGCCAUAAUGCUGCUGUACAAGGCCUUGCCGACGUGCGUCAAGAACUGGAAGGAGGCUCUGUUUAUGGGCUACUUCGGCCCCAUCGGCGUCGGCGCCAUCUUCUACGUCGAGCACACCAAGCACCUGUUCCCGCGCGUGGGCGAGACGGGCGACCAGCGGUCCGACGACCUCGUGCGCGCCCUGGUGCCGUGCGUCUACUUCCUGGUGCUCUUCAGCAUCGUCGUGCACGGCCUGUCCAUCCCGGCCCUCAACAUGGCCUACAGGGCCAUGGGGGUCGAGCCCGUGACCGACGACGCCGUGCAGGUGCGCCGCAAGAGCGAGCACGUCGCCCCGCCUGCAAACGCCCGCGUCGACAGCUCCGACGGCGAGUACUUUGUCGCCUACAACCGCUUCAGCCGGCCCGUGCCCAACAACCGCCGCACCGUCAUCUUUGACGGCCAGAAGAUCCAGGGCCUGCCGCAGUACAACAACAACAACACCAACGGCGCCGGCCAGCCCCAGGGCAGAGAUAUUGCUUGGGCCAACGAGGUCGACCCCGUCGAGGAGGAGAAGAUCAGGGCCAACAUGCGCGCUACCAGCCUGCAGAAGCUAGGUUAGAGUAAAGGGAGGGAUCUGUAAGACAAGGAAGGAUGGCGGUGGGGCGUGUGUUUUUCUUUGUUGGAUAAAGACUUGAUUUUGCAACGAAACUACAGGGUGGUUCAUGUGAGGCUAAAUUGGCGGCCCGAAGCAGAAGUCAAUGAGACACAUUCCAAGUCGAAUCGUUCCUUUGUUGCGUCUAUUCAAGUUCAUCCUUGACCUUGGAUCUCUACCCCUCAAUACAUAGAACAAGGUUGCUUCCCAUGUGCCCACCCAGGCACCACCUACCUAUGGGCAGUCAAGUAUUGAGAUAACCCCCAUCACCAGUUUCACAAAUAACCCAACC